AUGGUUACUUCUCAGCCUUGGGCACUUUGUGCCUGGGGUAUAUGUUUGAUGGCGGCUAGUGUCUCCGGUGCACAUGACGACAAGAAUUGUUAUCAAAAUUAUAAGUACUCGUCCCCGCCACCUCCUUAUAAAUACUCGUCUCCACCACCUCCUCCAUAUGUGUACUCAUCUCCACCACCACAUUCACCAUAUGUUUACAAGUCUCCACCAUCUCCUCCUUAUGUAUACUCAUCUCCACCACCACCAUCAUAUGUUUACAAGUCUCCACCACCUCCUCCUUAUGUAUACUCAUCUCCACCACCACCACCAUAUGUUUAUAAGUCUCCACCACCAUCGUAUGUUUACAAGUCUCCACCACCUCCUCCAUAUGUAUAUUCAUCUCCACCACCGCCACCAUAUGUUUAUAAGUCUCCACAACCGCCUCCUUAUAAGUAUUCAUCUCCACCACCACCACCUCCUCCUUAUGUAUACUCAUCUCCACCACCACCACCAUAUGUUUAUAAGUCUCCACCACCUCCUCCAUAUGUAUACUCAUCUCCACCACUACCAUCAUAUGUUUACAAGUCUACACCACCACCACCAUAUGUUUACAAGUCUCCACCACCUCUUCCAUAUGUAUACUCAUCUCCACCACCAUCACCGUAUGUUUACAAGUCUCCACCACCACCAUUGUAUGUUUACAAGUCUCCACCACCGCCACCAUAUGUUUACAAGUCUCCACCACCGCCUUCUUAUAAGUACUCAUCUCCACCACCACCACCUCAUCCUUAUGUAUACUCAUCUCCACCACCACCAUCAUAUGUUUACAAGUCUCCAACACCACCAACAUAUAUUUAUAAGUCUUCACCACCUCCUUCAUAUGUAUACUCAUCUCCACCAUCACCACCGUAUGUUUACAAGUCUCCACCACCGUCGCCAUAUGUUUACAAAUCUCCACCACCACCACCACCAUAUGUUUACAAGUCUCCACCAUCACCACCACCACCACCACCACCAUAUGUUUACAAGUCUCCACCACCUCCUCCUUAUAAGUACUCAUCUCCAUCACCACUGCUGCCAUAUGUAUACAAAUCUCCCCCACCACCUCCUAAUAAGUACUCAUCUCCAUCACCACCACCAUAUGUGUACUCAUCUCCACCACCUCCUCCUUAUAAGUACUCAUCACCACCACCUCCUCCUUAUAAGUACACAUCACCAUCGCCGCCGCCAUAUGUAUACAAGUCUCCUCCACCACCUCCUUAUAAGUACUCAUCUCCACCACCUCCUUAUAAGUACUCAUCUCCACCACCUUCCCCUUACAUUUACAAGUUUCCAUCCCCAUCUCCAUAUGUCUACUCCUCACCUCCUCCUCCUUAUAAGUACACAUCACCACCACUACCGCCAUAUGUAUACAAGUCUCCUCCACCACCUCCUUAUAAAUACUCAUCUCCACCACCUUCCCCUUACAUUUACAAGUCUCCACUCCCAUCUCCAUAUGUCUACUCUUCACCUCCACCAUAUGUUUAUAAGUCUCCUCCUUCUCCGCCCUAUUACAAAUGA